GCUUUACCAUUGCAGCUUUUUAACACUUUAUAAACAUGGCGAGCUUAGCAGAUGUCGGCUGGAAACUCCUGGAAUUUAAAGCCCGAUCAAAACGAUCAGAUUUGUGAUUUAGCUGAGAGAGACGCUUGGCCUUAAAUUCGCCUUUUGAGAAUGGCCGGUUCGGCUGCGAUUACCCGGCGCCAUCGGACAGUUCACAGACUCGGCUCCAUCUAUGAACCUCUAAAGCUGUCAAAUCUCCAGCGGGAAGAUGAACCCCUCUGGGAAAAGCUGGACCGCUACUACAGUGCUGUCAAGGCAACCAUUCUGAACUACCAGAGUCCUACCACUGGGCUUUUCCCAGUAAAAACAUGCUCUACCUGCAAAGAGGCAAAGGUCCGGGACUCCCUGUACUGUGCUGCUGGUGCCUGGGCCUUGGCAAUGGCAUAUAGACGCAUCGACGAUGACAUGGGACGAACUCACGAGUUGGAGCAUUCUGCCAUCAAGUGCAUGAGAGGGAUCCUGUACUGCUACAUGAGACAGGCUGAUAAGGUGGAGGAGUUCAAACAGGAUCCCAGCCCCUCGAAGUGUCUGCACUCCGUGUUCGAUGUGGACACCGGUGAUGAGGUUCACUCCAACAGCGACUACCACCACCUGCAGAUCGAUGCUGUUUCUUUAUUCCUGCUGUAUUUGGUGGAGAUGAUCUGCUCCGGCCUGCAGAUCAUUUACAACACUGACGAGGUUUCCUUCAUUCAGAACCUGGUUUUCUGCGUAGAGAGAGCCUACAGGGUACCCGACUAUGGAAUGUGGGAGCGAGGCAGCAAAUACAAUAACGGCAGCACUGAGCUGCAUUCCAGCUCUGUGGGCCUUGCUAAAGCUGCGCUGGAGGCCAUCAAUGGAUUCAACUUGUUUGGAAACCAGGGCUGCUCGUGGUCUGUGAUAUUUGUGGAUCUGGAUGCUCACAACAGGAACAGGCAGACCCUCUGCUCUCUGCUACCCAGAGAGUCUCGCUCCCAUAACACAGACGCGGCCUUGCUUCCAACCAUCAGCUAUCCUUCGUUUGCGGUGGAUGAUGACGCUCUUUACACUCAGACGCUCGACAAGAUUGUCCGCAAGCUCCGCGGCAAAUAUGGCUUCAAACGCUUCCUGCGUGAUGGCUACCGCACCGCGAACGAAGACAAGAAUCGCCGCUACUACAAACCUGCUGAAAUGAAGCUUUUUGAUGGGAUCGAGUGCGAGUUUCCCAUAUUUUUCAUCUACAUGAUGAUUGACGGGGUGUUCAGAGGAAAUAAGGCCCAGGUCAAAGAAUACGAGGAACUCCUUGAACCCGUCAUCUUCCGGUCUUAUGAGGGCCACGCCAUAAUCCCUAAGUACUACUAUGUACCGGCUGACUUUGUGGAGGCAGAGCAGAACAAGCAUGGGAGCCAGAAGCGUUUCCCUAGCAACUGUGGCCGUGACGGGAAAGUCUUCCUGUGGGGUCAGGCCCUGUACAACAUCGCCAAGCUGCUGGCGGAUGAGCUGAUCAGCCCCAAAGAUAUUGAUCCCAUCCAACGCUAUGUGCCGCGUCAGGACCAGCGCAACGUCAGCAUGCGGUACUCCAACCAGGGUCCCAUAGAGAAUGACAUUGUGAUUCACGUGGCCCUAAUAGCUGAGAGCCAGAGACUGCAGGUAUUUUUGAACACCUACGGUAUUCAGACCCAGACACCCCAGCAAGUGGAGCCCAUCCAAAUCUGGCCUCAGAAGGAGCUGGUCAAGGCGUACCGUUUCCUUGCCAUCAAUAAAAAGCUGGGGUUGAGUGGACGUCCGGAGAGGCCAGUGGGCUGCAUUGGUACCUGCAAGAUUUAUCGUAUCCUGGGCAAGACAGUGGUGUGUUACCCAAUAGUGUUUGAUCUCAGCGACUUCUACUUGUCCCAAGAUGUUAUGCUGCUGAUCGAUGACAUUAAGAACACCCUGCAGUUCAUCAAACAGUGCUGGAAGAUGCCGGGCCGUCCUCUUUUCCUGGUUCUCGUCCGUGAGGAUAACAUCAAAGGGAGUCGCUUUAACCCAGUCUUGGACAUGCUGGCCUCAUUCAAGAAGGGCAGCAUCGGCGAAGUCAAAGUUCACGUCGACAGACUUCAGACCCUGAUUUCUGGAGCAUUUGUGGAGCAGCUGGACUUCCUGCGUGUCAAUGAAGCAGAGAUCCCAGAGUUUAAAAGCUUUGAGGAGCUGGAGCUGCCGAAGCACUCCAAGGUGAAGAGACAGACGAGCACGCCCAACGCCUCAGACCUGGAGCAGCAGCCCGAGAUCGACGUGGAGGAGUGGCAGAACAAGUCCACCAAUGAGAUCAUUCAGAAGUUCUAUGACUGUGACUGCUUGGCAAGUCAGGCUCAGCUUGCCAGCAUCCUUCUGAGGAAAGAAGGACCGGACUUCCUUGCCAAAGAUGAGAGCAUGAUGGAAGAAUUGGAGAGAAUCUACAGAAGAGCUGGCAGCAGAAAACUUUGGCUGGCAGUGCGCCGCGCUGCAGCCAUUACCAAGAAGUUUGCCAGCUCUAUAGCUCCUCACAUCACCACAAUUCUGGUGCAUGGGAAACAGGUGACCCUCGGUCUAUUUGGACAUAAGGAAGAGGUGAUCUCUAACCCGCUGUCUCCAGGGGUGAUCCAGGGCAUCAUCUACAGCAAAUGCUCCCCGCAUGGUGGGGAGCGGGAGGCUGUGCUGCAGCAAGAGCUGGUCAUCCACAUCGGAUGGAUUAUCUCCAACAACCCUGAGCUGUUCAGUGGCAUGCUCAAGAUCAGAGUCGGAUGGAUCGUCCAGGCUAUGAAACAUGAACUGAAGAUCCGGGCAGGAGACAUGCCACCACAGGACAUCUAUCAGCUCUCCCCCAGCGACAUCAAGCAGCUCCUGCUGGAUGUGCUGCAGCCACAGCACACCAGCAGGUCUUGGCUGAACAGGCGUCAGAUCGACGGCUCUCUGAACAGGACCCCUCUGGGCUUUUAUGAUCGUGUGUGGCAGAUCCUGGAGAGGACCCCCAAUGGUAUUGUGGUAGCUGGAAACCACCUCCCACAGCAACCCACACUGUCUGACAUGACCAUGUACGAGAUGAAUUUCUCCCUGCUGGUGGAGGACACGCUGAAGAACAUUGUCCUGCCUGAGUACAGACAAAUCAUAGUGGAGUUGCUGAUGGUCGUGUCCAUCGUGCUGGAGAGAAACCCGGAGCUGGAGUUCAGUGACAAAGUGGAUCUGGACCGACUGGUGAAGGAAGCCUUCAGCGAUUUCCAGAGAGACCGCAGCCGCUUCGAGGGAAUGGAGAAACGGGAUGACAUGGAAGAAUUCUACAACACACCACCAGUGGGAAAGCGAGGCACCUCCAGCUACCUGACCAAGGCUGUUAUGAUCCAGCUGCUGCAGGGGGAUGUCAAACCCUGCAAGGAUGACCCGUGCUCUGUUAGUUAGAGUCUGAGCCUUUUUACCCCAGUACCAGCUAAACGCGGUCUUGAUGUGUGUUAUUGAGAUAACGUUUGAACUCUCUCGUCCUUCAGUCUUCAACAAGAUUCGUUUUAAAAGCUGCAAGCAGAAGCUUCAGUUGGCAGAGAUUAGCAUGUCUGCAGGAAUUAUGAAUAAAUAUAAAAACUAAAUGUAGUCAUAAGAGAUAAUUCUAAAGUAUAUCGUGCAUUCUCUUUGUUUUACUAAAACGUCUUUGUGUGGUAAUAAUCCAGAAGCAUUUAUUCUGUGACUUUGUCAUGUCAAAAUAACACCACACGACUAGUCAGCUGUUUUUACCUGGUACCUGAGUGUUAUUGAUUAGCAUGUCUGCACUUUGUUUAGGGAGAACAGCUUUUUGAACGUAUUUGUUUAUGAUUUUUGUUGUUGGGUUUGUGCCUCUGUUUUACAUUUGUGUGUUCUAUCAGGAAUAAGAUGUUAUAGUUCACCAGCAAUAAUCUGGAGCUGUUACAUAGAAAUCUCAAGGUCACGCUGUAGGUGGCGGUCGGGUGGUUCCCUGGAGCUCGAAGAACAUUUUAUCGUGCAAAGCAGAGGUCACUAACAUCUGCCUUUAUUUCAUACGUGGUUCAUCCUGUCCUCUCACUUACGUGCAUGCUUCAAAUAUGCAUGAUGGGGACUGUGCCAUAACUAUUGUGAGGGUUUCUCUCAGUGUUAGAGGUCACAGCUCAGCUUCUGAGAGGGUGUAUUUUGCACAAUAAUGUUCUUAAAGAUGGUGACCACUGCUCGGGGGAGGGCUGAGCAUCUGUUUCGUUGAAUGUGGGAAGCAGAAAUGAUUCCUGCCAUCCUCACACAGAAAUGAUAAGACCCACUCUGGCUUAUUUUAAAGCGUGCCUCUCUGAAUAUCAUCACUGUGAUGAAUCCGCCCAACCUUGUCACGGUGUGUUUGAGUGCGUCUCCGUGUUCUUCGCUCCCGUCGUUCAAAUGGAGUAUUUUUAACUGAAAACUGUGAUUUGAAAGAAUAAAGUUAUCACACAAACUACAAACAUCUCUUGUCAGCUUUCCAGAUUGUUUGUGAAUGAAUAAAUAGGCCAAAUCUCACUCCCCACCUCUUUUAUUCUACGUUUAUAAUUACUUCACAUGAAGCCAAGCUUCUCAUAAAACUGCAGCAGAAAUGGAGUGUGACUGGUGGGGGUGCGUUUGGCAUCGCACUGGAUCCUACCAGUUACACCCCCUCAUGUUUCCUGAACCCCUUAUCAAUCUGCAUCUCACCACUGACUCUGAGCUGAGCUGCCUUGCAACACUGACUGACUGGCAGACGGAGGUGGAAGAAGCCAGAAGAGAAGAUAAACGAGCUCUGCCUCAUACUCCAUAUAUUCAAAUCAACUCGCACGCUGGUGAGAGGAGCUCCUGCUUGUCUUGUUAAAUGAAUGUUUUCUGCAUCAAGACAAAUCCAAAAGAAGUAUCUAAGCAUUCAUUUAAGCAACUAAGCUCAAGAAGGUUUUUAAUUUCUUGCCAAUUAGAUAUAUUCUUUGGGAUGUAUGAUAGUUAUGUUUUGAGAAAGGAGGUCUGCUUUCAGACAUGAGAGAUUUUUAAUGGAGAACUCCACUCAUGCAGAUAGAUUACCAUUCAGGCAUUAUGUCUUAUGCAGCACUUGAGGAACUAUCC